AUGUACUUUAGCCUUAUUUUUCUGUGCAUUAUUCUUGCAUUGUGUCUUAUUCACUAUCUCUAUGUGACUUUAGUUGCUUUCACGUACUGGAAAAGACGCGGUGUGGCUAGUGAGAAGCCUAGUUAUCCUUUGGGCAAUGUGAAGAUCUCCCAGAUCUUUCACACCCCCAUCGAGACUCUCUUGGAGGACAUCUACAGUAGGACGAAAGGCCCUUUCAUGGGCUACAUGCUUCACACUCGCCCAGUGCUCAUUAUCAAGGAUCCGGAGAUGAUAAAUAGGAUCCUCGUGAAGGAUUUCCAGUACUUCAAUUCACGAAUUGAAGUUGAUUUGACUAAUGAUCCUCUGUUUGGCUCAUUCUUCAUUCUCCACGACGAGCGAUGGAAGCUUUUCAGACAGAAAUUGAGUCCAAUCUUCGCUGCGAAUCGUUUAAGGGGAGUUUUCGACUCAAUUGAGAGUAAGUAUAACGCUUUGGAAGACUACCUGAUGACAGGGGAGAGUCUAUCGUUGGAUUUCUACACCCUGAUGAAGAGAUAUUUAGUGAAUGUGAUGACUUCUGUUCUCUUGGGCAUUGAUGUUGAUUACCUCAAUAAUCCCAACGAUGAAAUCCGCCUCAUGACUGAAGAAGCCAUUCCGCCAAACACUAGAACAGCCUUCAGCUUCUUCUUCAGUCUCAUCGCGCCAGGAUUGAAGACAAAGAUAAAGUACAACUUCUUCAGAAGAGAGGUUGAAGACUUUGUCGUAGGUUUAGUGAAAUCCGUGAUGAAAUUGAGGGUGACAAAGGGCACUGAACGCUUCGAUUUCAUUCACAAACUUAUGGAAUUGAGAGAAGAUUUCCCCCCUGAAGUCCUCUCGGCUCAGGUUUUGGUCCUUGUUUUGGCAGCUUACGAAGGCACAGGCGGAACAAUCUCUUACUGUCUGUGGGAAUUGGCCAAGAAUCCCGAAAUUCAAGCCAAAGCCCAAGAAGAAGUGGACAAAGUGCUGCAAAAGCAUGGCAAAAUCACUCUUGAAGCUCUCGGUGAGAUGACCUAUAUAGACAAUUGCUUGAGUGAGACUUUGAGACUCCAUCCGACGCUCACCUUCCUCAUCAGACGAUGCAAUCAAGAUUAUCACAACGAUAAGUACAAUUUGAACAUAGAGAAGAACACUAACAUCAUCAUUCCUCUUCCUGGUCUGCACAAGGAUGAACAGUAUUAUCCAGAUCCUCACAAGUUCGAUCCUGAUCGCUUUCUGCCAGAGGAAAAGGCCAAGAGGCCUUCAGGCACUUACUUGCCUUUUGGAGACGGCCAGAGAUUCUGCUUUGGAAAGCAAUUGGCCAAAUUGAUAGAUAACUACACAGUGGCUAAACUUCUAAGCAGAUAUUCAGUGACAUUAGGAGAUAAAUCCCACCAAGAGAAAAUCACGAUGAAGCCGUUAACUCCACUACUAAGCCCUGAUGGAGGUUGUUACUUAACGCUGAUCGAGAGACAUUAA